AUGGACCCUGCUCAAAUUAUCGAGAGGAUUUGCUCCGCCAAUGGCUCCAAGUUCCAUGCUGCGGCCUUCAAGGUCUCUGAUCACGAAGGGAAAUUAUUACAUUCCACAACUCAUGGGACUCUGAAGGUUGACGGGUCCGGAGCCCCUGUGACGGAGGACUCGAUGUUUUGGAUUGCUUCCAUGGCCAAAUUAGUCACGGCCGUAGCUGUCAUGGUGGCAGUCGAGAAAGGGCUUGUUGGUUUAGACGAUGAUGCCGGGGCUAUUUUACCAGAGCUUGCGGAGCCUGACAUCAUUGUUGGGUUUGACGAAGAAGACAACGGUAUGAUCUCCUUAUACGCCUGCGGGUUUGUGUAUCUUGCCGUCAAUGCAUCGGUUAGGAGAUGGGCUGAGUAUCACAACCAUACUGCCACGACAGAUGUAACGUCUAGGGACACAUAUCGCUUGCCCUUGGCCUUCGAGCCAGGCGAAUCCUGGGGCUACGGUCCCGGAAUCGAUUGGGCCGGUUUCAUCGUCGAAAAGGUUUCAAAUCAGAAACUUGAAGAAUUCAUGCAGGAGAAUAUCUUCCGAAAACUUGGCUUGACCGCAACCACGUUCCAUCCUGAAAGUCACCCCGAAUUUGAGACAAGGCGCGUCGAACUUUCUCAACGGGCGCCGGAUGGAACUCUAUCUUCGAUCCCGAUCCCAUACACGAUCCCGGCUAAGGAUGAUAUGGGCGGAGGAGAAAAUGUCCUGCGGCGCGAGAGUGUUGAUGCAAUUCUCUCUCCCCAGCUAGAGAGCAAUGAAGAGCUGAACGCAAUUCGCAAUCGGGGUCCAGAGCAAAUGAGUCGCAUGAUCAAUCCAGGGAAGGUCAUUGAUAUGGGCCUAUCAACAUGCAUUAACCUAGAUCAAGUCCCCAAUGCCCGGUCUCCAGGAUCUGUGUCUUGGGCUGGAGCUGCAAACGCUUUCUGGUGGCUGGAUAUGAAGGCUGGUAUAUGCGGUACCCUCUUUUUGCACUCAUUUCCUCCCUUUGACUCUUCUGCGCUGGACAUGUUGGAUGAGCUCGAAGCUGCUGUCUGUUCGCCAGGUGGAAUUGGCCAUUCCCUGGCUCUUGAGUUUCAGCGCAAUGGCCUACGCGUUUUUGCAACUGCAAGAAGUAAAGAUACACUGGCAGACCUCGAAGAGAAGGGGAUUGAGACCAUGAGUCUUGUGGUGGACGAGGAGAAGAGCGUCUUAGCGUGUUUGGAUGAGUUGAAGUCCAUACUGGGCGAAGGGAAGGGAUUGGAUGUCCUAGUCAAUAAUGCUGAUACGCUCAGAGUGGAAUUAGAGCCCUUCGGAGUCAAUGUCGUCACCAUUAUAACUGGCGGCGUUGAAUCACGGAUUGCUCGCACACCGCGCACACUAGCACCUGAUUCUAUAUACCAGCCAAUACGGUCUGAAUAUAACCGUCGUGUCCAGCACAGUCAGGACAAAGCCACACCAAACGAAGUCUCCAUGGCGCUGGAUAUGGCCGUGGAGACUGAGUCCGAGGAAAUGGGUAUGGGCUGGGAGUAA